GUGAUAUCGCGCUCAGCGGGGUUUCUCGAUUGCGUUCAUUCUAAACAUGUGGUGGAGCCUCCCGCAGUUGCGUCACUGGUGGGCAACCUAGGCUCGGAGCUAUUUCUCCUCGACAAACAUCUGCCUGCAACGGUCCUUGAUUUCCCCAGGCAUACAAUCGUUCAUUUCUUCUACUUCUUGAAAGCCGCGGAUAAAACUCUAGGCAUCGCUCUAGAAGCUAGAAUCUAGAUUCAAGUUUCCAGACAUCUGCGUAAGAAACACCCCCGCCACAACGCCUGCUUGUCUAUCGCACAAGCCGACUGUGUCGAUUUCACCGCACCCGCCACGCACCCACUACUCAACGACCGUCUCGACAGACUCACAACGCCCCACCAUGGCCGACGAGGCGCUGGCAUCGGUGAUGGCCUUCACGGGCGCAACCGAGCCAGUUGCCCGUCACCUUCUCCAGCUGAGCGACAACGACACGAUGCAAGCCUGCCAGCUCUUCUUUGAGCAGCCCGACAUUGUCAGCUCGCUCAACGCCGCGAGCAGCUCGACAGGACCUUCCUCAGCAACCGCCCCCGCCCAGUCUUCAAGCUCGAGAUCGGCUGGGAGAGAAGAUGCACAGGGCGUCAUUCAUAUUGACGAUAGCGACGACGAAGGCGAUGUGCAGAUGGGCGGAACACCAGGACCACGCGCGGCUUUGGACGACGACUUUGAGGCGUCGGGAGCGGCCGCGGCCGCGAGGUCUGCGCAGGAGGAUGAGGACGCGGCAAUUGCUCGUCGUCUACAGGAAGAACUCUACAGCGCAGGCGGUGCUGGAGGUUCGGCUGGGCUUGGGGACGACGAGGUGCGCGCCCCGAUUGGGCGGACAACGGAGACUUUGGUGGCGCCGGAAUUUGGCGGCCUCUCUGGUGGCAUGUAUGCGGGAGGUGAAGAAGACGAAGCCGACGCAGAAGCAUUCCUCGAAGAGAUGCGGCGGAGAAGACGCGAGCAGCAGGUAUCAGGAGCGUAUCGUGCUACCAGAGCAGAAAACCCCGCAAAUCCUUUUUCGCAGACUGUUUGGGACGAAGGCCCUCCGGGCAGGGCCGGCGGACCAGCUGGUGCGCAGUCUGCAACCAGCAGGAGGCUAGCGGAAUUGUACAGACCCCCGCGAGAGAUUCUUACACACCUCGACUGGGACGACACAAGAGACGAGGGCAAGGAUCAAAAGAAGUGGAUUCUGGUCAACCUCCAAGACAUGGCCGAUUUCCGCUGCCAGAUGCUGAACCGAGAUGUGUGGAAGGACGAAGGUGUGCAACAAAUCAUCCGGGAGAAGUUUUUAUUCCUUCAAUACGACAAGGAUCUUGGCAAUGCGCGGCAGUUCAUUCAACUCUAUCUGCCUAACGAGCAACAUCUCAACUCAGACAUUUACCCAUACAUUGCAGUGGUUGACCCUCGAACGGGCGAGCAGAUGAAAGUGUGGUCCGGGCAAGAUUGCCCAACGACAGCUACCGAUUUCAAGGAGAAACUAGAGGACUUUCUUGAGAGGUAUAGGUUCUCUGGCAAGAAUCCAGUGGCGACCACGAAGGCUCCCAAGCGCGUGGUUAAGGAUGUCGACCGCAUGACAGAGGACGAGAUGCUCCAACUAGCAAUGCAGAACAGCUUGGCGACGGCCAAUAAUGGGUCGGGGGAGUCUUCCUCGCGGCCAAGCAUCCAAGACCCGGACGAGCUUACCAAGUCGACUGGUUCUCCAGACAAAGGCAAAAACAAGGCUGUCGAGGAAGAGGCACCGGCUGCCGCACCAGCAGAGGAGCAGGAAGAAUCGGCUUGGGCCAAGAUAGCCUCUGAUCGACCACAUUCAGAGCCUGCAGCAGGCACCACGGGAGUCACGCGUAUCCAAUUCAUGAGCCCGAGCGGCAAGGUGGUGCGACGGUUCGCGGUCACGGAUCCGGUGCGGCGGUUGUACGAGUGGCUGAAGGCGGAGCCGCUUGGCGGGGAAGAUAAGGCUGGCGUGGAGUUUGAGAUAAAGCGCGUCCCUCAAGGAACGGAUCUCAUUGUGGAUCUGGACAAGACGAUAGAGGAGGCCGGGAUCAAGCAGUCAUCUCUUGCAGUGGAGUUUGUGGGUUGAUGGCAGAGAUGAUAUUGCCUUGUUGCGACGGCAUGUCGAAUAGUAUUAUUCGAUAUUUUUUUUCAUGGAAGUUUGGCUCGGGAAUAGACUUGAAUGGGGAUAGGUGUUUGGGACUUUCUUCCCCUUGGUCUUUGUUUUUUUUCUUUUCCCUUUCUUUUUUUCCUUCAACUCUUUCAUUAGUUACUGAAGUGUGAAGCAUUCAAGUUUGCUUGAAAAAAAUAUCGCUGCAAAAAUCUAGCCUCAUCCAGACAAUUUCUGUUACAUUAUUGCCCAAGAAAGAUGAAUAUACG